AGCUAGCAAGCUCCACUGUCAACUUUUGAAAAGCAGGACAUAACCCUCCUUGAACCAGAUCAGACUUGCAGGACACCGAAGGACAGACAUGGUCUUGAAGAUUUCUUGAAGGGUUUGAAAAGACACAGCAAUGUAUGUGAAUGUUUUCCACCUCCUCACAAAGUGUUAGAGACAAGGCAUUCCUCGUACGGGUCAGACAGUCCCCUAGCGGUACACCUGUUUUGCAGGCUGUGGGUUUUUACUCCCGCCUUCCCCCCGACAGCAGAGGUUUGCUUUCACACCAGCGUGGUCUGUGUAACACUGCUCUCUCCACUGCGAGUGAGAACUGAUGUGAGACAGGUCUGUGUUCUGUGGAAUUCUGGCUCAACAAAUCUUUUCCUGGACUCAGACAACAGUUGCAUGGUCGACCUUGAUAUUAAGUUUGAACUUGUGAGUCGGCCAGGGAGUCUCCUGUCAGGUGUGGAUUGGCUUGACUAUCAUCAAAGUGAUGUCGACGACUCGAGGUCGAUGUUGGCAACAGGUGUUGAUUGUCAUGUCGUUUGUCUCCGCUAUGUGGGCAGUCGUCAUGGCGUCGCCUGACACAGCCGUCACUUCCGGCGGGGUGGGAAAACAUGGGGGACGCGUCAUCAUGAUGCGGGGCCCGUGGUACGACGUUGGCCACACCACCUACAUCUGGGGCUCUGACACGUGGACAUCACAGAAAUGGGACAUGCUUCUGGGACCAGACGGGACGGCUAUCAUUCUUUAUAGUGCCAAGUGCCCCUCCUGUUCCGAGUGUAUCAAAACUCACGUUUACUCAUUGGAGCCAACGGGACAGGACAGAGCUUUUCUGCUCUCAGGACAUGGAGAAACAAUGCUGUUUGAGAUGAAAAGAGUGCAUGGAUCCAUUCUACUGGCGAUAAUCUGCUUCGAUGGACUUCUCUCCCACGAGGAAUGUCGUCGUAGAAACCGGUUCCAGGUAUCUGUGCUGUCACGUGACCGGACAAUCACCUUGGAUGACUGGGAGCAUCUGGGGGAUGUGCUUCCGGUGCCUCUGACAGACUUAGAUACUACAGUGAAACUUGAAGAUCCUUGCCCGCCAUUAUUCAUCGAAGAAAACUUUGUGACGUCAAGGUUGGUGCGGCCUCACUCAGCGGCCGUCUACAGUGUGGGGGCGCUAGUGGGGUCCACUAUACUGCUCAACUGCACACUGGGAGACGACGACCCCUCCGACGAGGUCGCCUACGUGUAUUGGGUACAGGACACAAAACGCAGAGCUCUGACGAGCAACUUACAACGUCAGACUGGCGACUUCCGGUUCACAGCAUUACAUACGCAACCCCGGCGCUGGAGCCUGCGCAUCAACGAGAUCACCAGCAGGGACAGUGACGUGUACAUCUGCUACGUGGGCAACAACCCCGUAACAAAGCUCGCCCUCUUCGCAGCAGUUCCGCCAAGGAUCACCAAGACCAGUGAGAUCAUCUCUGCGACUAAGGGUGAGUCGGUGCUCCUCGAAUGCCAAGUAAGCGGCCACCCGAGGCCUUCCGUCACCUGGAUGAAGAGGCUAGGGCAGGAGAAUCGAGAAGAGAUCUGGGAAACAGUUGGUCAAGGGGAACAACUGCGGCUUAUGGAUGUCCAGCUGGGAGAUAGCGGGAUCUACAAGUGUUUGGUGCGCAACGGCUUUGGACCGACUGUUCGUGCCUACGUCACUGUGCACGUGACCUCUCCCCCGGAAGUGAUCAUCAAAGACCCCGUCAUCUACAAGUACUUCGGUGAUGCGGCGCAGCUAGUUUGCCAGCUGCCCCUCAACCUGGACGCACAGGUGGCGUGGUUACGGGACGGCGACGUACUGAGGGCGGACGACAAUUACGUCAUGGCAGUGUUGCCCAGCAACCAGCACGUCUUGACGGUGCAGAGGUUGGGCAAAAAAGAUUUUGGCGAGUACGUGUGUCGGGCGACAAACGACCUCGGCAGCGCUCGUGGCAGCGCCUACAUCAGAGAAUCCUGGCCCAGCGGAGACCAGUGUAAGGUCAAAAACAUCCCUGUCAUGAACAAUUUCAACGAUCAAAAAUACCUCGGUAAAUGGGAGCGCCUGCAGACAACGAAUCAUGUGUGGAGAGAGAAUACUUUCAUGUCGGCCUCAUCUUUUUCGUUUGUCAGUUUCAGCGGUUCUCUCCUGACUUACUACCACGGAUACAGAACCCAGUCAGAGAAGUGUCUGGAGCCCUCAAUAUCCUUCGACACAAGUUUAGACACACCUGGGGAUUACAUUUUUUCGAGCGGCCGCCGCAAGGUGGUUUACACAGACUACACCAACGCCGUGAUAUACGUCUGCCUCAGCAUCGACGAUGAAAAGGAAUGCCCUCGCGACCGAGUGCACGUGGAGAUUGUGUCACGUGACCAGGUCAUCCCUGAAGAUGUUCUGUCGGAGCUGUACACCUACGUUGCCAAGGCCUGUGUUCCUGUUUCCAGUCUCAUCGAUGCCGUUCCGGGUCUAUGCAAAGUCUCACCUGAGUUUCUGAGGAAAAAUGGCUACACAGGACAUAUAGAAGAACUGUCAUGUCCGGUGGAUCGUCUGCAAGUACCGCGAGACUUUGACGUGAGUGGUGUGACUGGCACUUGGCAUCUGGUGGCAACAGCCAGACCCGACAGCAACAGCGCCCCCUACAGGAGUUCAGUGCGCAUCCUAGCGUCAGGUGGUGACGUCAUCAUAUUCUUCCGCACUUACAACACGACCUCUGACCUGUGUGGUCCCGUCAAUGUCGACGUGUUGCAUUCAUCGACAUCAGCAGGCAGAUACACAUACGGCUUUGGUGACAUUACAGCCUACUCCACUUUUCUCUUCGCCGACUCGGACUCGCUGGUGCUGAUCACGUGUCUGGUCGUGCUGAGUGACGGCACGUGCAGACCCGACUCACAGCUCGUGGAGGUCUUCAGUCGUAGCGCCAACGUCUCCGGCGAUCGUCUGCGUGUCCUCAAGCAGCCUGUGGCCAACGCCUGUGUCGACAUUGCAAAGCUCCAGCGUACAGGGAGUGGGAACUGCAGCACUCCAGAAUCAGUGGUAUCUGGUGUCAUCUUGGAGGACAUAAAAACAGACAGAGGUUCCAUUGGCUGUAGGCGCGAUCUCGUGGCCAUCGCUGACGGCUUCAGUGACGAGCAGUUCUUAGGUCGGUGGCAUACAGUCUACAGGACAACCUUUGACAUUCGUGAGGUUCGCGAAUUUUCCAAGAUAACACAGGCUGUCAAAACUCCUGACGGACGAUUUCAGCUAAUGAUACGAUACCACAACAGCACUGAACGGAGGCGAUGUCCUCCCACGGAAGUGCUGCAGUUGUUCCAGGAAAGUACACCUGGCGACUACACAUUCGUCUAUCACUCCAACAAAGGGGCCUUCAAGGUCCUGUACAUGGACGAUGAGGUGGCGGUAGUCUACUGGUGCCACCGUUUUCUCCAGAACAACCAGUGCAGCACCAGCUCGCUGCUGGUCGAGAUUCUCGCGCGAGACGGGAAGAGCAGCAUCUCAGGUGACAAACUCCACCUGCUGCAGCAGCACAUCGUCAACGUCUGUGUGGACCUGCAGCACGUCAAACGCACAGCUGAAGACCCACUGUGUACAAUUCCAGCGAGAGUGCAAGAAGUAGUUGAAGCAGGGGAAAUAACCUCAGCCUAUGAUAUUCCUGCGUUUGCCUGCGAUGGUCAGCUCCUGAGAGGAACCAAAGAUAUCGACCUUCAAGGUUUGACAAAGCUGAGUGGCGAGUGGAUGGUCUUGUGGCGAACACCGUCCUUCCUGGAGCAGCAUCCACCGGAAUCGGAGUCGUUCUUCAUCAUUCCGAAGUUAACUGGAAUAUUGACCUUGUGGCGAAGCUAUGACAACGAAUUGAACAUGUGUAAACCUACAGAGGCGGGGAUGCUGGAGUCGACCUCGGGUUCUGGGGAUUACUACUACACUUUUGAUGAGUCGCCAGAAGUGAUGAAGAUCCUGUAUGCAGACGAGAAGCACUUGCUGACCUUUUGGUGCACCCUGAGUGACGAUGAUGCCGAGUGCUUUCCGGAUCGCAUGUCGCUGGAUCUCCUUUCCCGGCAUCCCCACGUCGAUGACGUCACCAGACAGGAGAUCAUGAGUCACGUAAACGUGCCGUGCAUUGACGUCAGCACGCUGGAGGAGACCAAGGGAGAUGUCUGCAAAAUCCGACCUGAUGUCAUUACAGCUGCGUAUGUCAGUGACAUGCCCGUAGAUUACUUUACAAUCGGGUGCCGAAAGGACCUCAUUAAGGGGCAACAUGGCGUCACAGACGACAUGAUCGUGGGAGACUGGACCAGCAUACUCCAAGCCAAACCCUUGCAAACCAGAGGUUUCGUAAAGCAAACGACAUUUUAUUUCACCAAGCUACCUGACGGUAACAUCUCCGUCUUGUACCGUCACUACAGUGAAGAAUCUGAUGAAUGCCUACCUGCGAGUCUUAUGACACUACAAAGACAGCAAACUUACAGCACAAGAUUUUUGACAGGAGCUGGCGGUGUGUUGAUUGUGUUGUACUCGGACUCCAACAUUAUGGCCAUUGUUAUCUGCGGCAGUUUCCUUAAGGACGAUACCUGUGACCCCGAGACACAGGACUUUUUUGUUUUGUCCCGCCGCCGGGCGCAGGUAGAAGUGAGUGAAGACCUCAAGUACAACAUGACCGUCCUCGCCGCCGAGGCCUGCAUCGCAGCAGACUCCCUACGGGAACUCUCAGAAGAGCCAUGCUCUAUACCGCCGGAAGUGCUACAAGAUGUGUUGACAGGAGAACUGCAGGAAGACUACAUGAAAGUGCAAUGUCAGAUGCGGUAUAUCCCGGUCCAGGAGAACUUUAACCUAAGAGAGUUUGCUGGGGCCUGGUAUAGCCACUGGGACACGCAGACUGUUGGGGGUAGAAACACCUUGAUGUCCCCGGCCUACUACAUGGUGGUCAGGCAAGAUGGCACAACUCUUCUCCUCAACACCUCCCUGAACCCAUUUACUCACACAUGUAUGCCAACGAGACUCAUCCGACUGAACCCAGGAAGCAAGCCAGGCAGCUUCACGUUCGGUGACAGAGCCCAGCUGAAGGUGGUGUGGACGGACUACGAGCAGGCGGUGAUGUACUGGUGCAUCAAUGUGCUGCCCAACGACAUGUGCGAUGGCCGUCAAGUGCAUGUCAGCGUGUGGUCGCGACGGGAGGAGCUCAUGUUCACUCUACCCUUUGACCUCCUUGACUUUAUCGCCGACACCUGCGUCUCCAGGGACGACUUCAUCAGCACCUCCUCUGAACUCUGUGACAUUCCAGAAGACAUCGUCAACGCCAUGAAAGAUGAAAACAGGAAAGUGACUUCGCCAUUCCUAGUCAUACAAUGUGCUCAGGAGUUUAUCUCAGAAAUGGACAGCUUCGAUUUCCAACAGUUCUCCGGCGCGUGGCACACGGUGCGACAGACGAAGUUCAUGUGGGGCAACAACACCUGGGACUCGGUGGUCAGAAAGUUUGUCAUCGGCGCCGAUGGCGACGUGUCGAUCGCCUACACAGGCUACGACAAAAGCAAAAGAAUGUGUUCACCUGCAGAGGUUAUCGCCCUUCAGCCCACCUCUCGCCCUGACCGGUGGACCUUCACUGGUUUAGACGCACGUCCAGUGACCAUGCAGGUGAUCUGGACAGACUAUGACAAUGUUGCUUUGUUGUACACCUGCGCACAGGUGACAGAAGAUGGCUUGUGUGUGCGCUCGUCGUUACAGGUGGAGUACCUGUCUCGUACACCUGUGCCGACGGACAAAUCGCUGGAUACUCUUUCGGAUAUGUUACCUGGCGUUUGUGUGCAGGAGAGUGAGGUAGAGGUAGUAGCUACAGAUCUCUGCAAGAUUCCAACAAUUGUGGUUGAGGCCGUGAAUAUGAACAGAGACGGUUCUGUAGAGGAAAGCCAGCAGUCCUGUAAGAUGGAGGACAUUGCUCUCGACAGUCGCUUCACUUUAGCGGAGAUGAGCGGCGUAUGGUACGAAGUGGCUCGGACAAGGUUCACCUUUAACAAAAUGGAAUCUACCACCAGUCUCUAUACAUUGGACCCUCUAUCCAAACAUUUGGACGGAGUCGUUGCUGGUACAAUGAACAACCAGUGUGAAAGUCCUGCACGGACUCAAACCAGGAAGAAGUCAGUUAAUGGACCGGAAGCUGUCAUCUUAGCGCGCAUUCAAGGACCUCAGAAUAUUUUCUCUUGGAUUACUUUUUACAUCCUGUACUACGACAACAACUACCUCAUGCACCUGGCCUGCUACGCCGAGAGGGAGAACGGCACGUGCCCUCGAGACAAGACGGAGGUCACCCUCCUUGGGCGAAGUCGCGUGCUGACCCCUGCCAUGGAGGAGAAACUGGAGGCUCUCAUGACGUCAGUGUGUCUCUCGCGUGAAGACCUGCAGCUUACCAAAGACAUAGCCAACUGUUUACCUGAGCCGCUGGGAGGAAUGCGGAAAGGUGAUCUUCCAGACACAUCCUCAUGCCCCCUGAGCAACGUCAGUGUAGUAGAGAACUUGGACGACCAGAAGCUCACGGGUGUGUGGUACGGGGUGCGCACCCUAGAUUACACCACGGGAGAGCAGCCCCGCAGUUUUGUUGUGUCGAUCAACCGCAACAACGCCGACACCCUUACGAUGCGGCGCUGGACCAUUCAGAACAAAAUGUGCGCUGUAGAGAAAUCUGUUUAUAUCAAAGAAGCUUGCAAGGACAGCAACACUGGAGAUUUCAUCAGUACUAUGGGGUCAACCUACAUGUUACGAUGGAGUUCGAUGAAAGUUCUGCGGUAUGAAAACUCCUUGAUGCUGCUGUACUGGUGUACAAAAGAAGCUGAAGAUGGAACCUGCAUGCCUGAUGGUGUAAGGGUGGAUGUGCUGAGUCGUUCAAGAAGACCUCCCCCCGAAAACAUCAAUCGUCUUCUGACGUCACUGCCGUCUGUCUGUCUGUUUGGAAACAACAUGCAAACAGUGUCUGCAUCAGAUGCUUGUGGCAGGAGACCAUCAGAGCUAAGUGACCCUGUGCCCCUCUCACCUUGCGCGGUGAACUUGCUACCGGCGCACUCCUUUCAUCCUGACCAGCUAUCUGGACUGUGGUACGAGAUUGGUCACAAUGUAUUACCCCAGUUCUCAGUGAACAAGAAUUUUGUAUUCUACAAACCACUUCCAGGACAGCGUCUGUCUUCAUUUUCGGCUAUUGAAAUGGGCGACAACUGGUGUGUAGGACCAUUGAAAAUGAUAACAAGACCCCGCUGCCUUAAAAAUCCAAAUGGUCGAUGGCUUACGAGGAUAGAGUCUCAUGGCAACUGGCUGUGGGGUUCGUGGCAGCUGCUCUACUUCCAGCAAAACGUCUCAGUGAUCCAUUUUUUCUGCCAUGAUGAGGGACCGGACGGAUCGUGUUCGACAUCGGAAUUCAACUUGGUAUUGCUUUCCCGUGAGCCGAACCCCAGCCCGGAAGUAAGGCAGCAGCUGAAAUCCGCCAUAGACCAGCUGGGCUGCUUUGAUCAUGUUAACAUGGAGGAACUUGUGUAUGAGGGUACCUCGUGUCGACCACUACUCGAUCCAGUCAUGCAAGACGGCGCCUGAUGGCAAGAGCUCGAGCCUAACAGACGACAUGACGUCACGCGGAGUUGUAGUCACGUGCUAGACGUUAGGCAGUAGCUGGGUUAGCAAAUUGAUAAUUUCAUGGAAGCCGUUACGCCGUCCAACUAGCGACUAGAGCGGACAUCAGUAAAACUUCCUGAGCAUUUCGUUUAUUUUCUAUGGCUACACCACUGCUAUCUGUUAUUUUCACAGAUCACACUAAAACGUGAUGUUUUCUCCACUUUUAUUUAAAAUAGUCGAACAAUAUUAUAUUAAAUUCUCUACUGCAAAAACAAAACUUUAUACAUUUUUUAGAAGUAAAUUACUUUCAAACACAUUGCAGUUAGAAUUGUUCACCUUAUCUUUUAUAAAGUGACUACAUUGAGUUACUACAUAACAAAAUGCUUGUGUGAAUGUUGUCAUGUUUGUGAGCACAGAUUAUCGGGAUAUAGUACUCCAUGUAUUCGUAAGAAUUGUACAUGUCUGAGCUUUGAUGUUUACGGGAUCCAUUCGAUCACUUUAAAUUUCACUAGACAGCCGAAUCUUCUAACUAACAGCAUUUCUCAUACUUAAUCAACCGUAGAAAAUAAAACAAAUUGUCGAUUGUACUUACCAAAAUUCGUUUCCAAAUAGAACAGCGUGAAUAAAGGAGGGAGAAACAUUACUACAAUACAUUUACAUUGAUCGCAUUCGAUCAGUAACGUUUUCCUCCAUGGAGGCCUAUGGUAGUGAAGCACAAUCAGCUUUCUUUUUUUCAAUUCAAAUUUAGACUUAGUCUGAAUAAUAAAUCUGAUAAUUUUAUAUCUUCUGAUGCCAAUAUUAUUUUAAUGUGUACACCGUUUCCAUGAUUUAUUACUAUCCAACUUCCACGCCGUAGGGGUGAAGGUCACUUAAGUGUUGUGUAGUUCCAACCCCUUUUUAAUUGCCAUUUAAUUUACCUUUUUUCCCCCCCAAAAAAAAAUAAAUAAAAACCCCAUCCCGUUUGGCAUAUAUAUAUUCUCCGACCACAAUAAAAAAAUGUACAAUGUACAAGUUGUUGGAAACUGACGCUAAAACUGCAUGACGAUCACAGCACCUCGCUCUGAUAAAAAUGUUGAUUAUAUAUCGAUUUAACUCCGUGUGUCAGGAAUGAAAUGUAGGUGCGUAUGUAAGUGUAUGUCGUUAAGGUAAAAAGCGUGGAAGUAGCACCACUCAGCCUUGGUUAAGGGGAGUUCACUCUAAUGAAACAAAAGCAGCAGAUGACAGCCAGCCGCUGAAUUUCUUGUCCUAAACGUCUCACUGAAGGGAAAAACUUCGGAGGCGUGGCGUCAGCGACCUUGCAUACUUCUGUGCUAAGCCAACACACCACUCUUUGACAGCUAUGAAACUUGUUCUGGGGCUAAUUCUACAACUGUUAAACACUAUGAAUGGCUGUAUAAAGUUAAUUGCGACAGUCAAAAUAAUUCAAGGCCUACAACUGAUUACAGGUAAAGAUAAAAUAAAUAAGGGUCCAACACAACACAGACAAUGUAGGUUACAAGUAGGUUACAUUAGAGAACUCCGUAAGCAAUGUCUCUAUAGUGUGAGAUUGACAGUUGGAAUGAUCAAAACUUGGGGUAGUUUUUUUCUCUAAUUACUAAUAUGAUCAAUUUUCUGUCAAACCUUUCACGAAAUCCUAAUGAUUGCCAAGAGAAAUCAUGUAAUCUAGCUGUGACUUAUAUGUUAGUCUUUAAUAUGUUAGAAAAGCUUUCUUUAUAUAAUAAACGUUUAAGGACAACA